AGGCAAGGCACUGCCCGGUGGAGGUGUCCCCUCUUGAGAAGAGAAUGUGGGGUUUUGAGAGUAUGAAGUGUCAACAAAAUUACUUCAAAUGUUGGUAGAUGUCAAGAUGAGAUAUUAGAAAAAGAUGAGACCGCCGGGACGUCGUCGUAGCCACGUGCUGGCGACAGCACUCUGCGUCUGGUUUUCGACUGCAACCCAGACCGUCGCAGCUUCAGCUUCCUCCACUGCCACAGCUGACCACGACCAACCAUGGAUCCCAUCUCCGAUCCGCAGUUUUUUCGGCCCCAUCUUCCUGCAAGAACGCAAAGCCAACCUUCUCGCGUGUAGUGGGUUCGGCACGGCUAUCAAUGGAAUCUGCCUAUGCGACUCAGCGCACAUCGGACCUAACUGCGAGUACGACAGAUGCACAGCGGAUUGCAAUAAUCGCGGCAAGUGCUUGCCAGAUCGCAAGUGCCAGUGCGAUGACGGAUGGAAGGGCGCUGUAUGCGAGACGAAAACGCUUAGCGUCUUGAGUACUUUGCGCGACGCAGAUCUAGAAGUGGAAGUGAACGGGCCUCUGGUGCCUCCGUCCGCUGUUAUGGGAGCGAUGUAGGCUACUUCUUUAAGUGGUAGACGGGGAAACCAGAGUACAUUCAUAGUGGUUUCCUAUAGGUGAACUUGUAUCAUGUCGCAGUCAACUGGUUCUUGCCAAAGCUCUCUUCCAUGCCUCUAACCUCAAGGAGCAAAAGAAGAUCAAAAAAGUUGUCCAAACCGCAAACCAGCUGGCAGAAAGAGAAUGUCCGGGAGCUUGCAGUGGAAACGGUCAAUGCAAAGAUGGAUCGUGCUUCUGCCUUCCGGGAUUUAUGGCUUGGUUGGUUUUGUUGCCUAUAUUUAUUCUACACUGUGUUUCAUUCUCCAGAGUCGUUUCUAUCUGCAUUAGUUGAAUAAUUAUCAUCUCAGUAGAAACAGAAUCCGUUGAAUACAAAUACAUGGUUGUACUUCUAACCCCCACAGCGGACCAAGCUGCGAUAGCUAUUGUCCGAACGAGUGCACUGGUCGGGGACACUGUGUCGCUGGUGCCUGCCUCUGUUUUUCGGCUUUCAAGGGUGCUGAUUGUUCGAUUCGAAUCGCCUGCAGUGAUCACGGAAGCGAGAAUGCAGACGGAAGUUGCCUCUUUAUGGGGAGGUCUGUCUUUUCAAGGUGGCUAGUUGUAGGAUUACAGCAUAAAACUGCUGCUUAGAAUAAAACUGCUCUUCUGUAGCUUCAUUUUCCGCGACGAGGGUUUCCUCGGUGCAGACUGCAGCAUAGCAGCAACUUGUCCCGGCGACGCGAGUUGCGGUGGUCAUGGCACCUGUAAGCUUGGGACUUGCAGAUGUGACGGAGGUUUUUCCGGGAUUUCUUGCGAGACGCCUCCGAAAGAGUGCGAUCCAGCCUGUCCUUCCAAUGGCACGUGCGACCGACAGACUGGCCAGUGCAUGUGCGGUGCUGAGCCAUGUUCGAAGCCGGCUGCGGCGGAUGGAGCUGGUGGCGGGAGUAAUGCUGAAGAAUUAGGGCUGGAAGAUCUGACAUAAUUCUUCUGCAUUACUGUCUGACUAGAACAUUGAAACAAGAUUUCGCUGAAGCAGAUAAAGUGCAUAUAGUACAAAGGCACUCUAAUUGUUGAUCAUACAAAUAUAGAUCCUCUAAUUGUUGAUACCAGCAUUUUGAACCUCUUCUAAACUAACCUCUUCUAAACUAACCUCUUCUAAAUUAACCUCUUCUAAGUUAACCUCUUCUAAACUAACCUCUUCUAAGUUAAGACCUCGCCGCCAAGGCCGCCGGCGAAAUCGCUGUUGCUCCAGAAGGCAAAAGCUGUGGCGACAAUGGUUCGUGGAAUGCAAGUAUCAAAUCGUGCGAAUGCAAAGAGGGCUUUCAUGGAGAACACUGUGAAAUCGAACGUUGUGCGGGUUUCAGUGAAGAAGAUGGGAUUGACGAUUGCCACGAUCAAGGGAUGUGCAUCCAUGGCCAGUGCCAUUGCUUGGAGGGGUUUGGGAUGAAAGAUGGUAAUUCAAAUUCCAUUGCUUGGAGGGGUUUGGGAUGAAAAUUGUACUUCCUUGAAGGGUUUGCGAUGAAAGGCGGUUCUGAUUUGAUACGUUUUUCUCGGCAAUUGCUAAUGCCAGUACAUGGAUCAUGGUUGUCAUCAAUUGUGGUGUCCAAGUGUACAUUAUCAGCGGUAUCCCUGUUACGUACUUGCGCUAUAUCCGUCCUAUAACAGGUACCUCCCCAAACUCCUGCCGCGACCACGUUUGCGCCGUGGACUGCGGGAAGAAUGGCGAAUGUGUGGAAGGACAGUGUAAGUGCGCGGACGGCUGGCAGGGCAUAGGGUGUCGAGAGCCUGCCUGCAAUAACUGCAAUGGUCGUGGUUUGUGCACCUUUCUGGAUUCUGGAGUUAAGGGAGGAUCAUUUGACUACUUACGUCCUCUCACUAGAGAUUUUGCUGUAUUCAUACACACGCCAUCCAGUACCAGAUUUGCUUUCAGAGCACCUCUUCUAACUCCUAACCUGGCUGCAUCUGUAACAAAGGUUUUAGCGGCAGUCAGUGCGAAAAGUCCGCUUUCUCAGCCAAGGAAUGCCCUGGAGACUGCAAUGGUCGUGGAAUGUGCCUCGAUGGAAGAUGCGUUUGCAAAACUGGUAUUGAAAUUCGUGAUCACUCCGCAGAAAAAUAGCUCAUGUUGUUUUUAGGAACUUUGACUUUCAUUACUUCUGCUUGACUCCCCUCUCAUCCUUACAUCGCAGGUUUCUACGGUCCCGACUGUGCCUCGAAGCAAUGCGACCUAGGAAUGGCCGGGCCCGACUGCAAUUUGAAAGUCUGUCCAAAAGAUUGUAAUGGCAAAGGCCUCUGUUUUGCGGGAAAAUGCAACUGUUGGCGUGAGUAUGCCGGACCAGACUGCUCCAUACCGAAGCAGUGCUACGUAUGGCUUGGAUUUUUUUGCUUUGAAGAGUGAAAUGGACAAUUCUUGCGACUUACAUGUAACAAAUCAAGUAUGCAUCGGUGACCACAGACUUCAAUGAAUCAUAAUUUCAUUUCCACUAUUUCUACCUUUCUUCAAGAACAAUGUUCUUAUCAUCUCUAACUCACGGAGCCUGUUUCGAAGCCUGUGCUCCAGGGAGUGCGCCUGAACGUUGCGAAUUCUGUAAGGGGCAAUGCCUCACUCUCUCGAACAGUCCGGUUUUGGGGAAGCAUAAUCCGAUGGACGAUUUGGCGCAGAGUUUCCUGUAAAACAAGUGUGGAUGCAGCUACGCUUCAACAUAGGACUUGCAACUUUCAUAUUCAACUGCAGGUCGUCAAUAAGCAAGCGGGAUGGAUGAACUCGUGAAGUUUUGUUGUAGUAAGAGUACGACCAUCUCUCUCGAGCCUGUUUCGUCCCGGACAACGCGGCCUGGCCGUAGAGCCGCGGACCUUUAACCUUGAACCUCUCUUCGAAUUUUCUUUUCCACUGCAGAGCACGCACUACCUAGAAAAUUGAUGUGUACUAACGUGUUUCGUCGUUUAAGAUUUGAUAUGAUUUUUUCUUUUCCAUAUGGCAAGAGAAAGAGCAAUAGCACCUUCCUCCGUCCAUAUUGCAAACAGUUUUUCCAAUGAGGCAGCGCCAGAGGCACAUGGAUUAUGACGGGACAGCAC